CUCAACAGAUAUGAGAAUUGAAAGGAUAUAAUUUAUCAUCUAGGUAUGCAGUAUGAGCCUAGCUCCCCCUCCGUCUGCUGCCAGUAAUUCACUAGUUGCAGAAGCACUAGCUAGGGCACAGGCUCUCGCUAAAACCGGAUUGAAAAGACCAGGAGACUAUAUUCAAGAACCAGAACCCAAGAAACCAGGGAAUAUGAUGCAACCAGGAGUUGGAGCUGACCAGCUCACUGUCACAGAGGAGAUUUAUGUACCUGACAAUAUGGUUGGAUUAUUGAUCGGUAGAGGAGGCGAGAAUAUUACAAGAAUGCAGCAGGAGUCUGCCUGCAAAAUUCAGAUGUCCCAGGAAAACCAGGGUUCUCCUACCAGAUUAUGUACACUGACCGGUUCACCCGACGCAAUUAAUGCGGCGAAAGCCCAGAUUAAUGCUGUCAUCGCUAACGAUGGGCGUGGAAACCGUGGUAUGGGCGGAGGUGGAGGCGGAGGAGGUAUGGGAGGAGGCGGAGGAAUGGGCGGAGGAUUUGAGAUGAUGCUAGAGGGUCCUCUGGUCGCCAGGGUUAUUGGUAAAGGCGGAGAGAAUAUUAAACGGCUUCAAGAGGAGACUGGAGCAAAAAUUGUCAUUAUUCAGGACUCUAAAGAUUUUGCUGACCAGAAACCUCUGCGUAUCUCUGGACCCCCAGACAAGGUCGAGUACGCCAAGCAGCGCGUCAUGCAGGUCAUCCAGGAGGAGAGGGAGAAGCUAGGAGGGAUGGGAGGCGGCAGGGGCGGGUUUAGAGGUGGGCGUGGCGGUGGUCCUGGUGGAUUCCGUGGAGGGCGUGGUGGACCCGGAGGUGGACGAGGAGGCGGAGCCGGAUGGCCCAGUGGAGGUGGCGGAGGCGGUCCAGGCGGAUACGGAGAAAUUCAGGAACAUUUCUCAGUUCCUUCAAACAAGGUUGGGCUUGUGAUGGGUAAAGGUGGAGAAACUAUCAAGGCCAUCUGUGCACAGAGCGGAGCACACUGCCAGGUUGAUAAAACAGCUCCUGAAGGCGCACGAGAGAAGUCCAUUGUCAUCAAGGGUACUCCUGAUGCUGUCGAGACCGCUAAGAGGUUGAUUGCAGAGAAGGUUGGAGGAGGUGGACCUGGAGGACCAGGAGGAUACGGAGGCAAUGGACACUAUCAGCCUGAACCUCAGUAUGGAGGAUAUGAACCUCCUCAGGGUGGAUACCAACCUCAGCCUCCACAGCAGGGAGUUCCAGUCAAUCCAUCUACUGGACAGCCGGAUUACUCUACUCAAUGGGCUGAGUAUUACAGAAGCCUGGGUAUGAUCAAGGAGGCAGAGCUCAUUGAGUCUCAGGCUCGUGGUGGAGGUGCCCCUGGUGGUGCCCAACCUGGACCUGCUGGACUAGCCCAAGCUCCGGGUCCCCAGUCAACAGAUUACUCUGCUCAGUGGGCAGAAUACUAUAGGAGUAUAGGAAAGCACCAAGAAGCUGAGGCUAUUGAGAAGAAUAUGCGAGCUAAGUCUGGAAGUGUACCUCCAGCAGGUUAUCAGCCUGCUCCACAGCCCGGAUAUGGAGCUCCUCAGAGUUAUGCCCAGCCUGGGUAUUACUAGUGUACUUCCGGCCUCAAGCUGCUGGAACAUCCGGCGCAGUUGCGUCUGUAAAUUCGGUUUCCGUGCUUCGUGGAUCCAGUAUUUGUAAACCUCUACCAUAUUCCCAGCAGUAUCCGACCUUACUACGCAACCUACCAACCACUAACCAAUAUUUGACCAGCUACAGUUGCACCUACCAGACUUUUUUCAUUUGCAUCGAGUAGAUUGUUUACGUCUUGGUAAACUAUCCGAUGUAAAGGUGGGCGGGGACAGAUACUGCUAGGAAUAUGUUGAAAUAAGAACUUCUUGUAGUAAAUAUUAACCACUGUUUUCUCAUUGUAAGUUCCCGUAAUAAAACGCGUUAAAAUAUU